AUGGACGUGGGUUGUGACUCCUCCCUUUCAGGGUCAUGUCUUCAGGGGAGUCAGCAGCCCCUGCUGGAAGAGGACGCAGACCCAGGCUCCAUAAGGACCAGGAGAGGCAGGCAGAAUGUCCUGCCCCAGACCCUGCUGGAGGAGGACGCAGACCCAGGCUCCAUCAGGACCAGGAGAGGCAGGCAGAAUGUCCUGCCCCAGACCCUGCUGGAGGAGGACGCAGACCCAGGCUCCAUAAGGACCAGGAGAGGCAGGCAGAAUGUCCUGCCCCAGACCCUGCUGGAGGAGGACGCAGACCCAGGCUCCAUAAGGACCAGGAGAGGCAGGCAGAAUGUCCUGCCCCAGACCCUGCUGGAGGAGGACGCAGACCCAGGCUCCAUAAGGACCAGGAGAGGCAGGCAGAAUGUCCUGCCCCAGACCCUGCUGGAAGAGGACGCAGACCCAGGCUCCAUAAGGACCAGGAGAGGCAGGCAGAAUGUCCUGCCCCAGAACCUGCCUCGACACUGUCUGAGCAACUCCUCGUACUGGAGAUCCUCCCUGGCUAGCAGCCUUCACACUGGAGACACUGAGACAGAUCACGACUCUGCCUUUGACCCUGUGCCUCUCCCAGCCUUUGACCCUGUGCCUCUCCCAGCCUUUGACCCCGUGCCUCUCUCAGCCUUUGACCCCGUGCCUCUCUCAGCCUUUGACCCCGUGCCUCUCCCAGCCUUUGACCCCGUGCCUCUCCCAGCCUUUGACCCUGUGCUGCUCUUAACCUUUGAAUGGUGCAUGCACACAAGCAUCAGUGAGAUCUUGAAGGAGAAGACGCUGAAGCCGUCCCGUCGCAGUCUGCCCUGCCUGGCUCAGAACCAGAUACACCCACAGAGCCUCAGCCACUUUCUGUCCAUGCCCUGCACCCCGGACGACAAGCCCCAGACACCGCCUGAGCUCCAGGACCAGACCUGUGCCCAGCUCCAGAGCCAGCAGGUCGACCCCCGGUUACAGCACCAGGCCCAGACCCAGCAGGUCGACCCCUGGUUACAGCACCAGCUCCAGAGCCAGCAGGUCGACCCCUGGUUACAGCACCAGACCCAGACCCAGCAGGUCGACCCCCGGUUACAGCACCAGGCCCAGGGAAAGGACCACCGUAGGCUCCAAGCCCAGACCCAGCCUCUGACCCACAGCACCUCCUGCACCUUCAUCUCCUCAGAGACAGAAGCGGCGAAGGACAACUAUGGGGAGGAGUCAGAAGCUGUGAAGGACCACUAUGGGGUGGAGUCAGAAGCUAGUGCGUACAAGGCAGGAAGAACAGACGAGUCGUUUCUCAUUCAGAAACCUGUCAACCGAGCCAAAUUAGAGGCACGAGCAGAUUCGCUCCAGGGAACCGACGCUGGGCAGCCGUCCGGUCUGAUGUUCAGAGAUGGAAAGAAGCGUAUCGAUUACAUCCUGGUCUAUAAGAAGUCCAGUCCUCUGGUGGAAAAGAGAGUCACCUUCGAGAGGAACCUGAGAGCUGAGGGGCUGAUGCUGGAGAAAGUGCCGUCUCUGACCAACACCGACGUCAUGUUUGUGAAGAUCCAUGCCCCCUGGGACACACUCUGUAAAUACGCUGAGCAGAUGAAUGUCAGAAUGCCAUUCAGGAAAAAAAUUUACUUUACGGAUUGGAAGAGCAAAGUUAUGGGCAGCCGGUUCCAUCUGAGGUGUCGUCAGAUAAAGAGCUGGUUACCCAGGAACCCCAUGAAGCUGGACAAAGAGGCCCUACCUGACCUAGAGGAGACAGACUGCUAUACAGCCCCGUUCAGCAGGGCACGCAUGCACCAUUUUACCAUCAACAACAGACAGACCUUCUUCUCCAACUCCACCAGAAGCAGAAUAGUCCACCAUGUUCUCCAACGCACCAAGUAUGAGGACGGGAAAUCUAAGAUGGGUAUCAACAGGUUAUUGGGUAAUGGAACAUACGAGGCUGCAUUUCCUCCCCACGAGGGUGGCUAUAGGAGCCGACACCCUAUUGAGACCCACGGUGCCCAGAACCACAGACACCUGCUGUACGAGAGGUGGGCUCGCUGGGGCAUGUGGUACAAGUACCAGCCUCUCGACCUUAUCAGGCGUUACUUUGGGGAGAAGAUUGGGCUGUACUUUGCCUGGUUGGGCUGGUACACUGGCAUGCUGAUCCCUGCAGCUCUGGUGGGUCUCUUCGUCUUCCUCUACGGACUCCUUACUAUGGACACAAGUCAAGUCAGUAAAGAGAUCUGUGAGGCCAACACAACAAUCAUGUGUCCCAUGUGUGAGCAGAACUGCAAACCCUGGAAACUCAGUGACAGCUGUGUCUAUGCAAAGGUGACCCAUCUCUUUGACAAUGGAGGAACUGUGUUCUUUGCUAUCUUCAUGGCUAUAUGGGCCACGGUGUUCCUGGAGUUCUGGAAGAGGAGGAGGGCGGAGUUGACGUAUGACUGGGACCUCAUCGACUGGGAGGAGGAAGAGGAAAAUCUGCGGCCCCAGUUCGAAGCCAAGUACUCCAGGUUAGAGAGAGUAAACCAUAUCUCUGGCAAGCCGGAGCCCUUCCAGCCCUUCACUGACAAACUCAGCCGGCUCAUGAUCUCUGUGUCUGGCGUCUUCUUCAUGAUUUCUCUGGUCCUGACAGCGGUGUUUGCGGUGGUGGUGUUCCGACUGAUUGCCAUGGAGAAGUUUGCAUCGAUCGACUGGGAGUUUGUCAAGAAGAACUGGCCGUUUGCAACCUCUGGAACCGGAGUCUGUGUCAACUUCAUGAUCAUCAUGUCUCUGAAUGUGGUAUAUGAAAAGGUGGCUUACCUUCUCACCAAUUUAGAACACCCACGGACUGAGUCAGAAUGGGAGAACAGUUUUUCUCUCAAGAUGUUUCUCUUCCAGUUUGUAAACUUGAACAGCUCUACGUUCUACAUCGCUUUCUUCCUUGGAAGGUUCGCCGGCAGACCAGGGAAAUAUAACAAACUGUUCAAUAGAUGGAGACUGGAGGAGUGCCACCCCAGUGGUUGUCUGAUCGAUCUGUGUCUACAAAUGGGAGUCAUCAUGGUACUAAAACAAACCUGGAACAACUUCAUGGAGCUGGGUUAUCCUCUGCUUCAGAACUGGUGGUCUCGCAGGAAAAUGAAGCGGACAGAGAGUAAGGAGAGGACAGGAGGGGGACAGAAUGUGGAGAACAAAGUACAGCUUCCUCAGUGGGACAAAGACUGGAACCUGCAGCCCAUGAAUGCCCACGGACUGGUGGAUGAGUACCUGGAGAUGGUUCUCCAGUUUGGUUUCAUCACCAUCUUCGUAGCUGCGUUCCCAUUGGCUCCUCUCCUGGCUCUGCUCAACAACAUCAUCGAGAUCCGUCUGGAUGCCUACAAGUUUGUCACUCAGUGGAGAAGGCCCAUGCCUGCCAGAGCCACAGACAUUGGUAUCUGGCAUGGUAUCCUGGAGGGGAUCGGCGUGCUGGCUGUCAUCACUAACGCCUUCGUCAUCGCCAUCACCUCCGACUACAUCCCACGCUUCGUCUACGCGUUCAAAUACGGACCCUGUGUGGACAAGGGAUACCGGCAGGACGAAUGUCUGCGAGGCUACAUGAACAGCAGUCUGUCUGUGUUUGACAUGGGCGAGCGCUGGAACGGGAGCGAGGAGCGGAGUAGAUACUGCAGGUACCGAGACUACAGAGCUUCUCCCUGGAGCCCGGUACCGUACGACUUCACUCUGCAGUUCUGGCACGUCCUGGCUGCAAGACUAGCCUUCAUCAUCGUCUUCGAGCACCUGGUGUUUGGCAUCAAGUCAUUCAUCGCGUACCUGAUCCCAGACAUGCCCAAGAGUCUGUGUGACCGCAUGCGGAGGGAGAAGUACCUGAUGCAGGAGAUGAUGUAUGAAACGGAACUGGAGCACCUGCAGAAGGAGAGGCAGAACGGCAGGAGAUAUCACAACGAGUGGCCUUAG